CUGGUUGGGGAGUAUGGCUUUCAGCAAGUUGUUGUUGUUGUUAACUUGAACAGAUUUGAAGAUGAGAUGUCAUUUAGAAGGCUCAAAACAGUAAUUAUCAUGGUUGCAUGGCAAAAGUUUGACGACCGGCUGCCUCCGUGACAUCAACCAUCCUUUACCUGGGUUUGGGUUGCGCUGGCUUCCCUCCUGAUAUUAGCGCUCCUUUACCAAGGCUGGGGAUGGGCCUUCUCCCAAACAGCUGAGACUACGCUGUAAUGAUGCCUUUAAAAGGUUUCUGAAAAGGGACCUUAAGUUUAAUGCUUAUGGUGUGCACAAGUUAAAGUUUCUAGUAAUCCAAUCCGUUGGUAUGGGAGAGCUCGCUCUGAUACAGUGACAGUUAUAUGCUUGAAGACGGUGAUGCUUGAGAAUGGUGAUGCUUUUCACUCAAUCAUGUUCUGAUCUUAUGGUUGUAAAUUAAUUUGGCGACUCAAAAAGUGGAUGGCGGUGCUUAAAGAGGUCUAAUGGAACUGUUUAAUAUCCCAUGCAUAGCUGGAGUUGGACACAAUCUUUCAGAUGGGCAAUGGAAUAAUAUAUUAAAGAAGGUUGGAGAAAUAUUCAAAUUUCAUCAUGCUAAUGGAUGAGAAGACCCAAUAGAUUGGUAUGCCCAAGAUGCCCCUUGGCAAGGGUAUUAGCGAGCUCAUUUGCCUCUGUAGGACAAGAUGAAAAGGAAGGAGUGACAGUAGUCAUCUAUUUUGUUGAGAAGGAUGGAUUUUGCUCUUUCAGAUUCUGGGCUUUGGUCUUGGUUGAUGAAGAUCUGACAGGAUUAUACCAGCAUGUGCUAAUAUGACGACUUUAUUAUAUGAAAGCGAGUAUGAUGCUAAUGUGACGACUUUUCCAUAUCAAAGUGAGUAUGAUGCUAAUGUGAUGACUACACUAUAUCAAAGCAAGUUUUAGGUAUAUAUAUAUAUACACACACAUUAGCAUGGUAUUGGGGUUUCCUCGGACCAUAUGAUUGGAAGACAGAUUCUACCUCACCAGUAUGGAACAGGAAAGCUCGGAUUCUUGUUUGGAACUCAGUGUCCUGGCACACUAAUUCAUCUUGAAAAUAUGGAUCUCAGCUUGUGAGAAGGGGCUGUGGAAGACAGCAGUGGCAACAAUAAUCCUUGAUUGAAGUUAGAUCAUUAAGUGAAGCAUUUGAAUUGAGAACAUCUGCAAAGCUUUCAUAUUCACCAUGUUAUGCCUUGCACCUAGCAGCAUCUGUCACUGGAAUGUGGGAACUGUUUCCAGUUUAGUGUUUAUAUAUGAUGGGGCUGAUUGCUGGAAGCUUUAUGUGGCGUCAAAGAUACGCACAUUUACUUCCUAAGGAUGAUGAGGCAUUUGAGCAUUAUAGUGCAUUUUCAGCAAAGCGGUUUGAUGAGGCUAAUAAAAUUGGGAAAAUAAACCUUGCUGCUACUGGAAAAGAUCUGAUGGAUGAUGAGAAACAAGGGGAUGUAACGAUAGAUUUUUAUGCUGCUUUGGACAUGGAGAAUGAAGCUGUGGCAGAGCGUGUUCCUGAACUUGCAAAUAACCAAAGUUUGGGUUUGCUCACUGGAUUUCUUUCUGUAGAUGACUGGUGCCAUGCACACAUAAUGCUUGAGCGUCUCUCCCCACUCAGUCCUGUUGCACAUAUUCAAAUUUGCGAACGCUUAUUUAGGAUCAUUGAGAAGUCCAUCUCUUCUGCAUAUGCUACUGUUUGCGAAACACAUCUUCGAAGCUUUGGGUUGUCGUUAGGACCUGGUUCUGAUCCCAUGGAGUCAAAGGCCUUGUCAUUGCCCCAGAGCUCUUUCAUCGAUCUUCCAAGAGAACUUUUCCAGAUGCUGGCUUCUGCUGGACCUUAUCUCUACCGUGAUGCUGUACUGCUGCAGAAGGUGUGUAGAGUGUUGAGAGGGUAUUAUCUCUCUGCACUAGAGCUUGUAGGUACUUCAGGUGCAAUUUUACCUGAAUCAGGUGACGGUGUGGGUCGAGAUCCUCGUCCUCAACUGAGAGAAGCUCGUUUAAGGGUUGAGGAAGCUCUGGGAACUUGCUUACUUCCUUCUCUGCAACUAAUUCCUGCAAAUCCUGCGGUUGGGCAGGAGAUAUGGGAACUGAUGAGUCUUCUUCCAUAUGAGGCACGAUACCGUUUGUAUGGUGAGUGGGAAAAAGAUGAUGAGCGGAUUCCGAUGGUUUUGGCAGCAAGGCAAACUGCAAAGCUGGACACUAGAAGGAUCUUAAAAAGAUUAGCAAAGGAAAAUUUAAAGCAAUUGGGUCGCAUGGUGGCGAAGCUAGCUCAUGCUAAUCCAAUGACUGUACUUCGCACUAUUGUUCAUCAGAUUGAGGCAUAUAGGGAUAUGAUAACACCUGUUGUAGAUGCCUUCAAGUAUUUGACUCAGUUGGAAUAUGAUGUGUUGGAAUAUGUUGUCAUUGAACGCUUGGCACAAGGUGGACGCGAGAAGUUAAAAGAUGAUGGCCUCAAUUUGUCAGAUUGGCUUCAGUCGCUUGCUUCCUUUUGGGGCCACUUGUGUAAGAAGUACCCUUCAAUGGAGCUAAGAGGUCUUUUCCAAUAUCUUGUUAAUCAGUUGAAGAAGGGGACAGGAAUUGAGCUUGUUCUCUUGCAGGAGCUGAUACAGCAAAUGGCAAAUGUCCAGUACACUGAGAACAUGACAGAGGAACAGUUGGAUUCCAUGGCAGGGAGUGAGACCCUACGGUAUCAAGCUACUUCAUUUGGGAUAACUAGAAAUAAUAAGGCAUUAAUUAAAUCCACAAACAGGCUAAGGGAUUCAUUGCUUCCAAAGGAAGAACCUAAGUUGGCAAUUCCUCUUUUAUUGCUCAUAGCCCAACACCGCUCCAUGGUUGUCACAAAUGCGGAUGCACCAUACAUUAAGAUGGUUAGUGAGCAGUUCGAUCGAUGCCAUGGCACCCUCCUUCAAUACGUGGAAUUCCUUUAUAGUGCAGUAACUCCCGCUACAGCUUAUGCUCAGCUGAUUCCCCCACUGGAUGACCUUGUUCAUAAAUACCACCUUGAUCCAGAGGUGGCUUUUCUAAUAUAUCGGCCUGUAAUGAGGCUCUUCAAGAGUUCAAGUGGUUCUGAAGUUUUCUGGCCAUCUGAUGUUGUUGAGGAGGCAAAUAUGUUAAAUUCAGAUAAGGAUUCCGAGUCUUUGAUCUCAUACCCUACAGUGGUUCUUGAUCUUGGUUCUCCUCGAAAGCCUAUCCUGUGGUCAGAUCUUCUUGAUACAGUUCGAUCAAUAUUACCUUCAAAAGCCUGGAACAGCCUGUCUCCCGAUCUCUAUGCUACAUUUUGGGGCCUUACUUUAUAUGAUCUUUAUGUUCCUAGAAAUCGAUACGAAUCAGAAAUUGCCAAGCAGCAUGCUGCUCUUAAAGCCCUAGAAGAGCUUUCUGAUAACUCAAAUUCAGCAAUUACUAAACGAAAGAAAGAGAAGGAAAGAAUCCAGGAGUUAUUAGAUCGGUUGACUGGCGAACUCCAGAAGCAUGAAGAAAAUGUUGCGUCUGUGCGUCAACGACUUGCUCGUGAGAAGGACAAGUGGCUUAGUUCCUGCCCUGAUACUUUAAAGAUCAACAUGGAGUUUCUUCAGCGCUGUAUUUUUCCUCGCUGCAUUUUCAGCAUGCCAGAUGCUGUUUAUUGUGCGAUGUUUGUGCACACUCUACAUUCUCUCGGCACACCAUUUUUCAACACUGUCAAUCACAUUGAUGUUCUCAUAUGUAAAACCUUACAGCCCAUGAUCUGCUGCUGCACUGAAUUUGAAGCAGGCAGACUUGGAAGGUUCUUAUAUGAGACAUUAAAGAUGGCUUACCAUUGGAAGAGUGAUGAGUCAAUCUAUGAACGAGAAUGUGGGAACAUGCCCGGUUUUGCUGUUUAUUACAGAUACCCAAACAGUCAGCGAGUCACGUUCAGCCAAUUUAUUAGAGUGCACUGGAAAUGGAGUCAAAGAAUUACUCGGUUACUCAUUCAGUGCUUGGAAUCAGCUGAAUACAUGGAAAUACGGAAUGCACUGAUAUUGUUGACAAAAAUUUCGGGUGUUUUCCCUGUUACACGGAAGAGUGGGAUCAAUCUUGAAAAACGGGUAGCUAAAAUUAAAGGGGAUGAGAGAGAGGAUCUGAAGGUCUUGGCUACAGGUGUGGCUGCGGCUUUGGCUGCACGCAAGAGCUCAUGGAUUUCCGAAGAAGAAUUUAGCAUGGGCCAUGUUGAUUUGAAGCCGGUUGCAUCACCUGCAAAAUCUUUAGCUAGUCAUAUGGUGCCUAUGUCAAAUGGUUCUGCCCUGAAUAAUUCUCAGAAUGAGAAUGCCGGGUCUCGUAAUACCGGUGUAGGAACUCAACUUCCUGAUUCUUUGAUUUCUGUCAAGGAUCCGAUACCACGAACUAAACCUGCAGAUGGAAGGCCGGAACGAUCUGAAAGCAUCACACACAUGAAAACUGAUUCGGGACAACUAAAAUUAAGGGGUGGGGCAUCGGCAAAUGGGGCAGAUUUCCAUUCAAUACUGCCUUCCACAGUACAACCUGGAACUUCAAGACCUGGAACUCAAAAGGUUUCAGAUGAACAUGCAAAAGGCCAAUCAGAUGAAAAUAUGGCCAAGGUCGUCCAAAAGGUUUCUGUAGAUUCUGAGCAGGCAAGACCUCAGACCAAACGCUCAGUGCAGGCUGGAUCUCUUACAAAACAACAAAAACAGGAGCUGAUGAAAGAUGAUUUGAAAACUGGAAAAUCUGUCAGCCGAACAGCUGGUCCAAUUACUUCUGGCGACAAAGACCUCUCUGCUCAUCAAUCUGAAUCCAAGCAAGGUGGAACAGCUUCUGCUUCUUUAGCUACUAACAAUGGUGGUACAUCUUCAGUUUCUUCUAAGAUUCCAACUGCACCCAUGAGAAUGGAGAGUGGAGCUGUUAAAUCCACCGAACUUAGAGUCUCUUCUGGAAAAGAUAUGGAUGAUGCUGAAAUUCCCGAGGUAUCACGGCCGCCACCUUCUAGACCUGCUCAAUCUCCUCUUCGUGAUGAUUCUUCCACUGCUUCCAAGUCUGCAGAUAAGCAACAGAAGAGAACUAGUCCAGCCGAAGAACCAGAGAGACUGAACAAACGCAGAAAGGGUGAUACUGAUGCAAAUGAUGGGGAGAGUGUGGAGAUUCGAUUAUCUGGUAGAGACAGAACCGCUGACCCACGACAAAUGGACAAAUCUCAUAUUGCAGAUCUUGAAAAGUCUGGAAGCGAUGAUCAGAAUCACAAUCGGCUCACGGAUAAGCUUUUGGAUAGAUCAAAAGACAAGGGUAAUAAUGAAAGAUAUGACAGAGACCAUAAGGAGAGAUUGGAACGUCUCGAUAAGUCCCGUGGUGAAGACUUGCUUGUCGAGAAGACAAGGGAUAGGUCAAUAGAAAGGUAUGGAAGAGAACGUUCAAUUGAAAGAAUGCAAGAGAGAGGGACAGAAAGGAGUUUUGAUAGGGCAAGUGACAAGUCUAAGGAUGACCGAAAUAGAGAUGACAGGAAUAAAUCACGCUACAACGAGAAUCUUGAUGAUCGUUUUCAUGGGCAGAGUUUGCCGCCUCCACCGCCUCUUCCUCCCAAUUUGGUUCCUCAGUCAGUUAGUGUUAGCCGAAGAGAUGAAGAAGAUGAUAGAAGGGUCGGCAGUAGUAGACAUGUCCAGAGGCUGUCUCCUAGACAUGCAGAGAAAGAGCGGAGAAGAUCAGAGGAGAGUUUAGUUUCACAAGACGAUGCAAAACGUAGAAGAGAGGAUGACUUUCGAGAAAGAAAGCGUGAUGAACGGGAUGGCAUGUCAAUGAAGGUGGAGGAGAGAGAGAGGGAUAAAGGGAACAUGUCAAAAGAGGAUAUCGAAACCACGGCUGCAUCCAAGAGGCGGAAACUUAAAAGGGACCACCUGUCUCCUGCUGAAUCUGGUGGUGAGUAUCCACUGGCUGUGCCACCGCCACUGCCCCUUACAGUGGGGAUCUCACCACAACAGUAUGAUGGAAGAGACAGUGGGGACAGAAAGGGAGCCAUGGUGCAGAGAGGAGCUUACAUGGAUGAUCCUGUGCCGAGGAUGCAUGGCAAGGAAGCAGCGAGCAAGAUUGCUCGCCGUGACAAUGAUCCGCUAUAUGAACGAGACUGGGAGGAAGAGAAGCGGCCGAGAGCAGAACCAAAACGCAGGCACCGGAAAUAGGCUCUGUACAAGACCUGGGAGGAAGAGUAGCGGCAGAGAAUGGAACUGAAACGCAGGCACUGGAAAUUUUCCAAUGAAGGAAAACCGAAAGCUUUGCCUCAGCCCCCAACUCUCACUCUUUUGUAUUUUGGGACCCCACAAAAAUCUGUCAUCUGGGUGACUGCGGAUGCCAAUCCCUCUCUGGUUGAGGACGGACUUGUGAUAUAAUUGAGUUGGAUCCCAAGUGUCAUUUGGGUUCUCUUGGACCUGUGAUAUAAGCAAGUUGGAUCCCAAGUGUCAUCUGGGUCAUGGUGAUGUUCGUAAUAUCUAGUCUCUUUUCGAUUCUUGCUCUUCUGCAUUGAAGGGUCUCAUGGCGAUGCUUGCAAAAUUUCAUCUCUUUUCGAUUCUUGCUGUUCUGCAUUGAAGAGUAUGCUGCUCGAAGCUCAUCAAACUACCACAAUAUGAUUGAAGUCCAAGUUGGGGCAUUGGUUGUAGUCUUAAUCUGCAAGAGGGCUAGCGUUUAAGUUAAAUCUAUUUUCCUGUUUCCUUGGCAAAGAUUAGUCUGUAAUUAGUGCAGUGAUGAUCAUGUUUAGGGAAUUCCUCAAAAUCUAUCCUCAAGUGAGCAGAGCAGCCAGUGGAUUGUAGAAUUAAUGAAGCUUUGUCAUGGGUAUUCUGCGGGCAUGCGUGGUCCUGUAAUCGUCAUGGGAUGAUAAAGACUGACACUGAAUGGAAUAGAUGUUGAUAAUUUUGAAGGGCAAAAACAUGGGUACUUUUGUACCAUCUACUUGUUUUUCAUGUAUGGAGAAUUGUAACAUGUGUUUGGUGUUUGA